CGGCCCGACCACCGGCUUGCGGGGCGCGGGCAGGGAGGCCCAGCCGUUCCGCGCUCGGAGGUAGGUGGUGCUGUUGUCGUGACUGUCUUCCUCAUUGGCGCGGGAUAGAGAGGCGGAAUGUUCAACUCCUGACUCCGGCGGAAGCGUGGGAGCCGCUCGGGACGCCGUCCUCCCGACCCCUGGUUGCAGCCCCUGCCCUCGCAGCGCGCGGGGCCUCUGCGCGCCCGGCUGCUGCUCGCGUCCGGCUUGGGAGCCAGAGUUUGUGGAAGUAUAAUACUUUGUCAUUAUGAGAUGUCGUCUCUCGGUCCCUCCUUUGUGCAAAUUAAAUUUGAUGACUUGCAGUUUUUUGAAAACUGCGGCGGAGGAAGUUUUGGGAGUGUUUAUCGAGCCAAAUGGAUAUCACAGGACAAGGAGGUGGCUGUGAAGAAGCUACUCAAAAUAGAGAAAGAGGCGGAAAUACUCAGUGUCCUCAGUCACAGAAACAUCAUCCAGUUUUAUGGAGUAAUUCUUGAACCUCCCAACUAUGGUAUCGUCACGGAAUAUGCCUCCCUGGGAUCACUGUAUGAUUACAUUAACAGUAACAGAAGUGAAGAGAUGGACAUGGAUCACAUUAUGACCUGGGCCACUGAUGUAGCCAAAGGAAUGCACUAUUUACACAUGGAAGCUCCGGUCAAGGUGAUCCACAGAGAUCUCAAAUCAAGAAAUGUUGUUAUAGCUGCUGAUGGGGUAUUGAAGAUCUGUGAUUUUGGUGCCUCUCGGUUCCAUAACCACACAACACACAUGUCCUUGGUUGGAACUUUCCCGUGGAUGGCUCCAGAAGUUAUCCAAAGUCUCCCUGUAUCUGAAACUUGUGACACAUAUUCCUAUGGUGUGGUUCUCUGGGAGAUGCUAACAAGGGAGGUCCCCUUUAAAGGUUUGGAAGGAUUACAAGUAGCUUGGCUUGUAGUGGAAAAAAACGAGAGAUUAACCAUUCCAAGCAGUUGCCCUAGAAGUUUUGCUGAACUAUUACACCAGUGUUGGGAAGCUGAUGCCAAGAAACGGCCAUCUUUCAAGCAAAUCAUUUCAAUUCUGGACUCCAUGUCAAAUGACACCAACCUCCCUGACCAGUGUAACUCAUUCCUGCACAACAAGGCCGAGUGGAGGUGUGAAAUUGAAGCAACUCUGGAGAGAUUGAAGAAACUAGAACGUGAUCUCAGCUUUAAAGAGCAGGAACUCAAAGAACGAGAAAGACGUCUGAAGAUGUGGGAGCAAAAACUAACGGAGCAGUCCAACACCCCGCUUCUCUUGCCUCUUGCUGCAAGAAUGUCUGAGGAGUCUUACUUUGAAUCUAAGACAGAGGAGUCAAACAGUGCAGAGAUGUCAUGUCAGAUCACAGCAGCAAGUAACGGGGAGGGCCAUGGCAUGACCCCGAGUCUGCAGGCCAUGAUGCUGAUGGGCUUUGGGGAUAUCUUCUCAAUGAACAAAGCAGGAGCUGUGCUGCAUUCUGGGAUGCAGAUAAACAUGCAAGCCAAGCAGAAUUCUUCCAAAACCACAUCUAAGAGAAAGGGGAAGAAGGUGAACUUGGCCCUGGGGUUCAGUGAUUUUGACUUGUCAGAAGGUGACGAUGCUGAUGAUGACGGUGAUGAGGAGGAUAAUGACAUGGAUAAUAGUGAAUGAAAGCAGAAAGCAAAGUAAUAAAGUUGAAAAUGUUUGGAAAAACAAAAGAAGCUUAUUAUCUCAGUCUGUACAAAAACCAGUAAGGAGGUAGAAAACCAAGCAUGGCAUUUGUAGGCCAAGUACAUUUGUAUGACAGUCAUUUCUUUGCUGACUUUACUUUUGAUUUGCUUUUGCUUUACAGAAAAAUGGGGCAGGGGAGGGGAUCAAGCCAAAAAGGUAUAUGAAUCAGCAAAUGUGGUGCCUGAUUAUAGAAACUGGUGAUUCCAUAUACAAUAUAGUAUUUUUAACUAAUGGCAUUCUGACUUUUUCUUUAAUGAAUAGCUUGAUAGCUUGUAUUUGAUUUGGUUUGAUUUCGUUUAUUCAAUUGCAUAAGAAAACUUACAUUUUGAGUAAGCACUCUUAACUCCUAAUUCUUCUUUGACACUUGAUUUUCUUAUAACAUGCUACUUUUUUUUUCUUGUGGCAAUACACUGUACUGUCAGAAAUAAUUGAUAGUGACUACAAAAGCCAACAAUAAGAAAAGUGAGAUGAAAGAAGGUUAUAACAAAUACCUCUUCAGAAAUACCUAAGUGCCAAGAAUUUUCAAUACUUCAUAGCACAACUAUUUAAAGUAAAACCUGGGAGAUGUUCUCAAUAGUGCAGGAAGGAGAAAUAGUCUAAUUUGAAAACAGCAGAUGUCACAGGCUUCCAUCCCAGUGCUGGCCCUGGAAGCUUCUGGACAACAGCACACUGCCAUCUAAGGCUCACCUUUUCCUUCAUAGAGAGGGAAAGAGAUACUUCCCUUUCUUAAAGGGAUGGUCUUACAGGAAUACUUUCAGGCGGUGUGAGUGUGAUACAGGCUCUGCCCUUGCAGCAUGCGUGUUUGCUUUCCAGAGGGGCCGAUCAUCUUGGAUUCUAAACACAUGUACAGAUUUUUUUAAAGAAGGAAAUAUUGUAAAAGGAAUGACAAAGAUAACUUUUUGUCACUUAGGCAAAAGUGCAAGAGGAAGGGUUCUUUUUAUAUUGAAUGCAGCCUUCCAGAAUUGUGUUUCUCGAACCCUGACCAAGUGAUGCCGGUGUUACAAAGAAGUAGUUGUCGGUGCCACUCAGAAAACCCAGGCAGCCAGGGAGAUUCUCCCAAUGUUAUUGCAUGUUUGCUAAAGUUUGUUUAAACUAUUAAAUACUGUUUCUUUAAAAAAAAUUCUGAAACAUUUAUAGUUAUAUCAAAAAAAGACGAAAGAACAAAGUCUCAGCCUAAAUUAGAGGGCAGUGCCAUUCAUUUGACUAUUAAAUCAAAGCGCUUUCAGUGGUUCUUUUUAUGGGAGAUUUAAGAAAGGAUAUCAUCAUAGAUAUUAUCUAGCACUAUUUCCAAGUAUAUUUGAUCGUAAAAAGCCUCCUGGAAUUUGAAGCCUGGCAUGCUUCUGAUCCCCAUUAAAAGCUGAAAAAUACACAAAAUAUUCAGUACACCGUUCCACCUCUUUUUGGAGAAAAGUAACGAAUAAAACGUUGUAGGCGUAAGAUGUAGAACAGCCUGCGUACGUGGAGGGAUGGAGAGAGCGAUCUGAAGUCAGUGUGGUUCAGAGCCUGGGUCUCCUUACUGUGCCGCCGUGGGCACGCUAUUGAACCUCUGUGUGUCCAUUUGCUCCUUAACAUGAGAAUGAUAAUAGUACCUACUUCGAGGAUUGUGAGGAUUAUUAUUAUUAUUUAUUAUUAUUAUUAUUAAAUAAUACAUGUAAAGCCCUUAAGUACCAGGCCCAUGGUAAAUGGUCAGUUAAUAUUACCUCCUGUAAUUAUGUCAGCGAAAAGGCACUGAAAAAUAAGUGGUUUCAGUAACCUUCUAGAAAACAAAACUAUUGACUUCAAGUGAUAAUUGUUUAGUAUGACAUGAAAUUAAAAGUGGCUCGCUUUCAGGAAAGGAUGUGAGCUGUAGCUUUAUUCCGUUGCUCUUUGAAGUGACCGCCGACAGACUAAGUAAACACAGAAAGAAGAGGUAAGCGUCUCACCUGGAAUAUGGUUCCCCACUCACCCAAUCUGGUACAUAGAUACAGAUAAACACACACCAUAGUAGACUGCCGAUGACAGAUCGGCACACACCGAUCUUCUCCUUCCUAAGCAUCCUGUCUGUGCUCCCUGACUCAAGGCAAGCCACUCUAGCAGAAAGGCUGGGAGCGGAGCUUAAGGGACAGUUUUCAACUCUUGACUUCCCAGCAUGCCCUGGGGUACUAUGGCUUAGCAACCUGAAGGAGAGAGCCAAAGAGAAUAGUUGAAAAGCCUCUUGCUAUAAGAGGGCUAAAUAGGAAUGGAGGGAAAAAUACCAAAGAAUAAAAAUAUAAACUGAAAACUAAUCCUCUUGCACAUUUUACCAGGCAAAGAUAAAGUCAUUCGUUCCACAAACAUUCAUCGAGCCCCUUCUCUGUGCCAGGUACUAUUCUAGGCAACAGCAGGACAAAAACAUUUGCACUUGUGGCCCUUACAUGCCAGAGAGCAGAGAUCAACAAUAAAUAAAGCUCAUGUGUAAUGUAGUUGAACACAUUUGCGAAGGGCCUGCUGACGAGUGCAGCAGGGAAGGAGGCUCAGGUGCAUGGGGAGUGUGCGGUUGUCCCAUGUGCGGUCAGGACAGGCCUCCCGCCCGACGAGGGCAUCUCCGUGGGCUGAGUUUGGGGUCUGUGCACUUUACGUAAGGGCAUAAGCCUUGCCCCUCCUUAGGGACAAUCAGCAAUAAAUUUAAAACAUAGGAGCUGAAUGAAAUUGACUUUUUUCCUCUACAUAUAAAUCUGUUAUGAUUAUACAUGAAGUUUUGCUGCAUUAAUAAAACCAGUCAAAUAGGGCCAAAAGAUAAAGGUAAUAGGACUCUAUACCCAGACCCAGAGUUACCAUGAAUUAGGUAAAACUUUGUUCAUCUUUCAAUUCCUGCCAUUUCCCACCAAUAUUCCAGAGAUGGUUAGAACUCAAUACUCUGCCAUCGAGAAACUGCUAGCAUUGAGGUUAUAGCAGAUUGAUCACUGAGGUCAGUGGUAAGCUUGAAAUUGCUCUUCACCGAGAAUUAGGCUACAGGCCGUGACCAUAUGGUCCUGGCUAUUUCCUGUGUGUUCCAAAUCAGUAUCUUUCUCAGGUGUUAAACAUCCCUGAAACCUGCAUCAUAAAACUGAAUUUUAAUGUGGUCUCCCUCUGUGAAGGUUAGAAGACUUUAGACUCCAUUAUUAGUUUUAUUAAGUUUAAAAAGAAAUGGUUAUCGGCCAUAUGCAUAAAGUCUAAUGCUGAAGUUAAUUGUGCAUCUUCUAAUUCACUUUUCAGAUCCGUUUUAGAAACAGCAGUUUUAUUGCUGUUGAACUUAUUUCUAAUUAUUUGACUUACAAAAAGGGGCAUUUAUAACAGAAGAGAAAGAAACAAAUUUGAAGAUUCACGAUGAGAUAGUUGAAACUCUAAAGUGUAGUAAUAAUUGUCAGAGCCACACAAGUGCAAAUACACUAUUCUUUCAGCUCUUUUCCUUUAUUCAUAAAGGCGACUCUGUGGAAUCUGGUGGCACCCUGUUAGUACUGCUCACCAGAGGCAGGGCUGGCACCUUAGGGUGAGGGGAGUGCCAGCCAUCAUUCUGCCUGUUGUGGUGGCCAUGCUGUUUUUAGUGCCCAGUGGCCAAAAUGGUAACAUCCCAAAUGCCAGGGACAGUCACACUCCAGGAAGAAUUCCAUCCAAGAUACCCGUUUUCCCCUCCUCCACUGAGAAGCUUGCUGAUAAACUUGGCAGUUUCAGAGUUCCAUGUCUAACUUUUCCCCCAACCAAAAGAUGUACUUACAGAAUUACAACUACCCCACCUGAUUUUUGUAUGUUAGUGGCAUUUAUCUUAACCCCCCCGCUGUGGAAACAGUUUCUUUCCCUGUGACAAUGCUGGUGGGAACUUUAUGGAACAGCUUGGUUUACUCUCCUGUUACACAAAUGCCACACUAAUAAAGAAAAACGUCGUUGAGGUUACAGUUCUGCAAAGUAGCCAGGUCCAUUUAAAAGGGCCCUUUUCCUGACAGUCUUUUUUCUUAGCAAAGUCACAAUUUAAUAUUUUAUGUGAGUCACCAGUGUAACGAGGUUGCAGGCCCUCUUGUUUUUAAUGUUGUGGAACUAUUGAAGGCCAGUUCUUAGCCCAUGAGUUUUAACAUGCAGCAAUUUGUUAGACAUGAACACCAGCUGAAGAAUCCAAAGUUGAUCCCCAUUACAAUCAAGGGACUGGGGGUGGGGGCAAGAUUUGGGAGUGAUCCAAAAUGACUUCUGUAGCACUGUGAGGUGCAUAACUUUAUUUUUAAAGUUUUCAUUGGAGUGGUACUAAUUUCAUGAAAGACCAUUUUAAAACUUAUUCUGAAUUAAAUAUUGAUACUUGAGUUUUUUGGAUACACUACACCUGUGGCAGCCUUUUGACAUUAGCAGUCUCACCAAACCACAUAUAUAACAGAGCACAGUUUCUAUAAUCAGGUACCUUUGCUGCUUUUGAGUAAGACUGUCUCCAGCUUAGAUUGUAAGCGCUGCCGGAGAGAAGACUCUGGUCUGUCUUUCGACCGUAGCACAGCCCGCCAGCUCUAGAUGCACCUCUGCUGUGAUGAAAAAUGAGUGUCUACCAGAAAUCUGGAGGAUUCGCUGGGUUUCCUCUGAUUCCCACUCCCUUUGCGCUCUGUUGCCUGUGCGGAGAUUUCCGGCAUGUGAUUAUUUACUUCAAAGUAGAGUUUCAAGCACCUGCAUUAAAUAUUUUACAUCGUGUGCAGAAUAAUAUAUCUUUUAAUGUCAAACAUAAUACAGUACACAUAUUGCUUUUACACGGUUUUAAAAUUUUUGUACUAAAUAAUAGAAAAUAUUUAUACUCUUUGAGUGUGAGCUUUGAAUAGAUGACGGCAUUAUCACUUUAUUGUUUUUUUAAACAAAUUUUUUUCUCAAUUAUUCUAUUGCAAUGUUAUCCUGAGCAAGUUCUAUGCCAAAAUCUUGUGCAAUGUUUGUAUGGAAGACGACUUGUGUGGCAGGGCUGUGUGGCUCCCAACUUCAGGGCUGGAAUUUGACAUUCCAGCACGAAGUCCAGAGUGUACUCAGAAAUCCGAGUUGGUGUCAUAAAUUUCAUUUUGAUGUGAACUUUGCUUUCCUUUGUUUUAAGACUCCAUUUUACAAUAAACGUUUUGACAGUAAA